AUGGCGUCGAAGAAACUCUUCUCAUCUUCGAACGAUAGUGCAUGCAUUGCCCAUGGAACCACCAUCCUCACCGAGCAUACAUCCCCUGGCACCUCGUCGUCUUCGGCCUCGUCGCUCGCUUCCGUCAUUCUCCCCAAGAUCUCGCACUCGACACCUGCGAAGCUCACCUACACUCACGACCGUCUGUUUGUCCACUACAUCGCGGACUCCCCAUCCUCGACCUCGAAUGGCUCGGAUGAGCAGAUCUCCAGUCAUGCGGCUCUCACCUACCUAGUCGUUGCUCAGACGGAGAUGGGGCGGCGUGUGCCAUUUGCAUUUUUGCUGGAGCUCAAGAAGAAGUUUCUAGCACAAUACAAGCCUGAGUCUACCGAUUUCACGUCUUUGCCCGCAUAUGGCACCGCAGCCUUUAACUCUACGCUCAAGGCAAUGAUUCAGCAAUACAAUACCGCCCCACCGAGCGAUGCAUUGACGAAUGCGCGCAAGGAGAUUGACAGCGUCCGAGACAUUAUGACUGAGAACAUCGAUCGGGUGUUGGAGAGGGGCGAGAGAAUUGAUCUGUUGGUGGACAAGACGGAUCGUUUGGGAGGGAGCGCGCGGGACUUCCGAGUACGAAGCAGAGGGCUACGGCGGCAGAUGUGGUGGAAGAACGUGCGGGUGAUGGUGCUGCUGGUAGUUGUUGUCGUCUUCCUGGUAUAUCUGUUCGUCGGGUUCGGCUGUGGAUUGCCAGCCUGGAGCAAAUGUGUUGGCUGA